AUGGAAAAUCAAAACCACACAGUGGCCAUGGAUGCCAAGCUGAUGGUGUCCACACACGGUGGCCAUGUCAACAUGUUGAAGGAUGUGCUGAACAAGGAGGAUGCCAUGGCGACGAUGCUUCCCAGUGAGGACCAAUCUGGUGCCGCUGCCAUCAAUCCCCUGCUGCUUCUGUCAGCGCGCAGGGGCUCCUGGGAGGCCCUGAAUGCCCUUCUCCAGAGGGAAGACGCAAGGGAUCCACCAAUGAUGAUUCCCACUCUUGAAUUUCUUGAGUUGGUAGCGGGAGGCAGCGGCGCCCAGGGAAGAAGUGCGGCGUCUGCUGGUCGUGAUGUAGAAGAGGGCGUUGACCAGCAGCCUGCUGCUUCGCCUGCAGCUGGAGCACUCCUCAAGGGCGUCACCGCCGACGGGGAUACCGCACUACAUGCGGUCGCCGGCAACGGCGAUUGCCAGAAUUUCUUGAAGUAUGCCGGCAUCGUCUACGACAGGGACAGGGCGCUCCUGUUUGUGCAGAAUCACAAGGGUGACACACCCUUGCAUUGCGCUGCCCGAGCUGGGAACUCCAAGAUGGUUUCUCGUCUCAUUGAUCUAGCUGCGUGUGAGGGCGACGGCAGGAAGCUGGAGCUCUUGAGGAUGGAAAACAAGCGUCAGGAGACGGCCCUGCACGAGGCUGUCCGAUUUGAAGACGGUGGAAUUCUGGGUCACAAGGAGAGAUUAUUGCUUGAUGCCGCCGACCCCACCGGAGAAGAAAAGAAUAAGCGUGGCAAGGCAGAGACAGAGGGUGCCCUAAAUGAAGACGGUAAAAGUCCGGUCGCCGCACCGGAAGAACAGGCUAUUGUCAAGCUGCUGAUGGGCGCUGAUCGCGAAUUGGCUAAUUAUCCUGCAGGCGGCAUUUCACCACUGUACCUAGCCGUCUUGCUGGAGAAGGGUACAAUUGCACUGACUUUACACGCAAUGAGUGGUGGCAAUCUCUCCUAUUCCGGAGCAGACGGACAAAAUGCCUUGCAUCUUAGUAUUCUUCGAGAUACAGGUACCCGCUAA